UUUUUUUGGCUUCCUAUGGGGGAAAAGGUGGGCUUGCAGUCGCCAUUUGUGGUCCUGCACUCCUGUUCUGCCACAGCCCGCAGGAUAAGAAACAUGCUCCCCGUGCUCAUCGCCGGUGCCUCUGCGCCGCCGCGUCCCUUCUCCCCCUGGCGCCGCCGCGAGCUACCCAUCCGGCUGUCCUCGUCCAAACCUCUCCGUGCCCUGCAGAACAGCGAGGGCGGUAGUAGGCCCCUAGGGCGCGCCUGGCCGGCCGUCUCCGCUGCCCUCUUCGGCUCGGGGUUCCUCCUCGGGCCGCUCCUGGACGGCAUCCACUCCCGCGUCGGCCUCCAGGUGUACGGAAACGGCGCCCUCGACCUGGGCCCCCUCCACACCCACAUCCUGGUGCCGCCCCUGCUCGGAGCGUUCUACUGCACCGUGGGGCUGCUCCAGCUCUUCCUGGACGAGAGGGCGCCCCCCAGGUCCAAGGCCACCGGCAGCCCCCGCGACACGGCGACGUCGCUAAUAGUCCUCACCAUGUUCAUCGAGCUGAGCGCGGAGAUGUACAGAGCGGGGGUGCCGAGCAACGCGGAGGCGUACGUGCUGUUCGCCGUGGCGGAGUUCGUGUGGCUCUUCCUCGACAGCUCCUGGCUCGGCUUCGCCCUGGCCUGCCUCGUCGGCGUCGCCUGCCCUCUCGCCGAGGUCCCGCUCGUCAGAUUGCUCGAAUGCUGGAGCUAUCCCAAUGCCGACGUCCAGCUGUUUGGCACCGGGCUGAUGAGCUGGACGACGACAUGCUACUUCGUGUACACGCCUUUCCUGGCGAAUCUGGCGAGAUUGCUCAAGUCGCGGCUGGCGGACGAUAACACGGAGGGAAAGGAAGAAUGAAGCGGCUCGCCUAUGAGUUUUGGGGGAGCCCUCCUAUGGAGCCAGCGCAUGGAAACAGCUCGAGGCUCAAGAGCCAUUUGGGAUCGAUUCAGAUUUUAGGGCCGGAUCAAGAUCGACUGAGCUGAGUAUUAUUGUCUUAUGUAGCUUGAUCCGACGAGCUGAUCUUGAGCCAAUACUAUAUUUUAGCUCCACUGCUCGCCAUAGCAUACAUAUGCACUAUAAUGAUCCUACUCGCUUGCAUUUUUUAAUUUAAAAAAUAGCAAAAAGAAUCAAAUAAUUCAGAAACA